UCAGGUAGCUCCGCCCAGAGGUGGUUCGCUCCCCGGCAAAAAUUUGGCCUGAUUAAACAGGGAAGUGCAAGAAAGCCAGCUCAAAAACACCUCCCGAACGUGCAUGGAAAUCGAGCACCUCGCUACCGCAGGCGCCCCGCCCGGGGUUAGAGGGUGAGACACUCCCAAGACGCACUCCGCGGAUCACUGGGGGCGGGGCAUUGCCUACGCACGCGAGCCAAUCAGAGAAGACGUUUUCACGUGACGAGAACUGAGCAAUAAGCAGACGCGAAGAUAGCGGCGGGGAAAUUCAAACGUGUUUGCGGAGAGGGAUUUGGGUUCCAUCUUUUCUUCCCUUCUCCGCUUUCUGGCGAAUCCAAGCAAGCAUUCCCUCACAUUAAAAACAUAAUAAUAAGUGAAUUUGCAGAUGGCCCAGAGAAAAUAAUUCUGGAAAAAGAGUGAAAGGAAAUUGUGGAAGAAAAAUGGAAAGUUUGAAAGCAAGGAGGGGUAGCAACGUCUGUGUUGUGCAAUGACUUCGUUGAAGUUCUUUUGGGAAGAAAAGGUAUAUGUGGCCUAUUGGAAACCUUGCUGGACAAAUUACAAGGAUGUGCUGUUGUUUUUAUCCACAUAGCUUCACAAAUACUCUAAUUAAUCUGUUUAGAUGUGUUCGUAUAACUAAUGCUAUAGUCUUCUGGGUAAAAAAAAGGCUAGUUGAGACAUCUUUUUUUUCUUUAAUGCUAGUGAAAAGGAAUGAUAUGACCAGUUUACUUUUUUUAUGCCUUAGAAAUGGAGGCCGAGGAUUUAAGUGGCAGAGAAUUGACAAUUGAUUCUAUAAUGAACAAAGUGAGGGAUAUUAAAAAUAAAUUUAAAAAUGAAGACCUUACUGAUGAGCUAAGCUUGAAUAAAGUCUCUGCCGAUACUACAGAUAACUCGGGAACUGUCAACCAAAUUAUGAUGAUGGCAAACAACCCGGAGGACUGGUUAAAUUUGUUGCUCAAACUAGAGAAAAACAGUGUCCCUCUGAAUGAUGCUCUUUUAAAUAAAUUAAUUGGUCGUUACAGUCAAGCAAUUGAAGCACUUCCUCCAGAUAAAUAUGGCCAAAAUGAGAGUUUUGCUCAAAUUCAAGUGAGAUUUGCUGAAUUAAAAGCUAUUCAAGAGCCAGAUGACGCACGGGACUACUUUCAGAUGGCCAGAGCAAACUGCAAGAAAUUUGCUUUUGUGCAUAUAUCUUUUGCACAAUUUGAAUUAUCACAAGGUAAUUUCAAAAAAAGUAAACAACUUCUUCAUAAAGCUGUAGAAUGUGGAGCAGUACCACUGGAAAUGCUAGAAAUUGCCAUUCGGAAUUUAAACCUUCAAAAAAAGCAGCUGCUUUCAGAGGAGGAAAAGAAGAGUUUAUCAGCAUCUACAAUAUUAACUGCUCAAGAAUCAUUCCCCAAUUCACUUGGACAUUUACAGAAUAGGAACAUCAGUUGUGAUUCCAGAGGACAGACUACUAAAGCCAAGUUUUUGUAUGGAGAAAACUUGCCCCCUCAAGAUGCAGAAACAGGUCAUCGAAAUCCCUUGAAACAAACAAAGAAAGCUAAACGGUCAUGCCCUUUUGGAAGAGUCCCAGUUAACCUUCUAAGUAGCCCGGAUUAUGGGAAGACAGAUGAUUCAGUUGUACCAAGUUUUACAAAAAGACAGACCUCUGGAUCAGAACGCCAAGAUAUGAUUGUACCUGGAUCUAAAUCAAGUGGAAAUGAUUCCAGUGAAUUGAGAAAUUUAAAGUCUAUUCAAAAUAUCCAUUCCAAGGAACCUCUGAUGUCGGAUGAGAAGAGUUCUGAACUUAUUACAGAUUCAGUAACCUUGAAGAAUAAAACUGAAUCAAGUCUUCUAUCAAAAUUAGAAGAAAUUAAGGCACAUCAAGAACCAAAGGUUCCAGAGAGUAACCAGAAACAAUGGCAGUCUAAGAGAAAGUCAGAAUGUAUAAACCAGAAUCCUGCUGUAUCUUCAAAUCAGUGGCAGAUUCCAGACACAGCCCAAAAAGUUGAUACAGAGAAACAAACCACUUUUGAGCAACCUGCCUUUUCAGUUUCAAAGCAGUCACCACCAAUAUCAGCACCUAAAUGGAUUGACCCAAAAUCUGUUUGUAAGACACCCAGUAGCAGUGCCUUGGAUGAUUACAUGAGCUGUUUUAGAACUCCAGUUGUAAAGAAUGACUUUCCACCUGCUUGUCAGUUGUCAACACCUUAUAGCCAACUUGCCUGUUUCCAGCAGCAGCAGCAAAUACCUGUUACUCCACUUCAAACUUUACAGAUUUCAGCAUCCUCUUCAACAAAUGAAUGCAUUUCAGUUAAAGGAAGAAUUUAUUCCAUAUUGAAGCAGAUAGGAAGUGGAGGCUCAAGUAAGGUAUUCCAGGUAUUGAAUGAAAAGAAACAGAUACAUGCUAUAAAGUAUGUGAACUUAGAAGAAGCAGAUAAUCAAACAAUCGAUAGUUAUCGGAAUGAAAUUGCUUAUUUGAAUAAACUACAACAACACAGUGAUAAGAUCAUCCGACUUUAUGAUUAUGAAAUCACGGACCAGUACAUUUACAUGGUAAUGGAAUGUGGAAAUAUAGAUCUUAAUAGUUGGCUCAAAAAGAAAAAAUCCAUCAAUCCAUGGGAACGUAAAAGUUACUGGAAAAAUAUGUUGGAGGCAGUUUACACAAUUCAUCAACAUGGCAUCGUUCACAGUGAUCUGAAACCUGCUAACUUUCUGAUAGUUGAUGGAAUGCUAAAACUAAUUGAUUUUGGGAUUGCAAAUCAAAUGCAACCAGAUACAACAAGUAUUGUUAAAGACUCUCAGGUUGGUACAGUUAAUUAUAUGCCACCAGAAGCAAUCAAAGAUAUGUCUUCCUCAAGAGAGAAUGGGAAAUCCAAGUCAAAGAUAAGCCCCAAAAGUGACGUUUGGUCCUUAGGAUGCAUUUUGUACUAUAUGACUUAUGGGAAGACACCAUUUCAACAUAUAAUUAAUCAGAUUUCUAAAUUACAUGCCAUAAUUGACCCUAAUCAUGAAAUCGAAUUUCCUGAUAUCCCAGAGAAAGAUCUUCAAGAUGUGUUAAAGUGUUGUUUAAUAAGGGACCCUAAACAGAGGAUAUCCAUUCCUGAGCUUCUGGUGCAUCCAUAUGUUCAAAUUCAAACUCAUCCAGGUAAUCAUAUGGCUAAGGGCACCACUGAAGAAAUGAAAUAUGUUCUGGGCCAACUCGUUGGUCUGAAUUCUCCUAACUCCAUUUUGAAAGCUGCUAAAACUUUAUAUGACCGAUAUAGUAGUGGUGAAGGUCAUGAUUCCUCUUCAUCAUCCAAGACUUUUGAAAAAAAAUGGGAGAAAAAAUGAUUUGCACCUACUCACAAACUGUCAAAUAUCAACUGUAAAAAUAUAUUGGACUGUUAUACUCUUGAUUCUCUGUGGAAACUGCUCUUAAGGACAACUUAAUCCUGAAAUGUCAAUGGCAGAAAAAUUCAGUGGAUUAUUCUCAAAAGAAAACUGUAAAAAUAAUAACCACUAAUGAUACUAUAUAUAUUAAGUUGUAGAAUUGUUCUCUCUCUUUUAUGCUUUCCUGCAAAUCUACUCUAUUUGAUAUCACAUCACACUUAGAAUAGUGGAUGGACAACUGAAAUAUAUUCUGAAGAACUAUGUAAAUAAAGCUUUGUAGCAUAAAAUGACACUAAAAUGUAAAAAAAUGUAUGGUUAUUUUCUUUAAGCUAAUGCACUGCUGGUGUGGCAGCAAAACACUUUUAAAAAAUUGAGUUAAGGGAAGACACAAGAGUCUUCAAGAAGAAAAUUCCAAAGGGUUUGAAUUCUAAAAUAGAUUUCCUGAUUGCUUUAUGGCACUGAUGCAGUCCAGAGUUUUAGAGCUGCACUGGUUCUUUUAAUUCUCCCUUUGAUUCUUCAUAAUACCGAUUGUUUUUGGUGUUUAGAGUAUCAUGCUGGCUUCUGUGGUAUAAGUUGUAUAGGGCGUGCCCUUAGUGUAUGACUUGCUUGGUAAUUGGUAAUUACCAAUGUAGUCUUAGAAUCUUUGGGACUAAAUCUAAUACAUUCUCCCUCCAUCUUACCUUUUCUUUAUUUAGAUUUCAUUAGACUUUUUUUUUUUUUUUUAAAGUUUAUUUGUUUUGAGAGAGAGCGUGAGCAGGGGAGGAGCAGAGAGAAAAAGAGAGGGAGAAUCCCAAGCAGGCUCAGUGCAGAGCCUGACUCCGGCUCGAUCUCACAAACUGUGAGAUCAUGACCUGGGCUGAAACCAAGAGUUGGACAUUCAAUGGACUGAGCCACCCAGGGGCCCCUCAAUAGACCUUUUUAGAUCUUUUUUAGAUCAGUUUUAGGUUCACAGAAAAAUUGAGGGGAAGGUGCAGAGAUUUCCCAUAUAGCCUUUGCCUUCACACAUGCACCAUCUCCCCUAUUAUCAACAUCCCCCACCAGAUUGGUACAUUUCUUAAAUUUAAUGAACCUACAUUGGUACACCAUAAUAGUUGUCUGAAGUCUGUAGCUUACAUUACAGUUCAUUCUUGCUGGUGUACAUUCUGUGCAUUUGGACAAAUGUAUAAUGAGAAUACAGAGAAUUUUCAUGGACCUAAAAAUUCUCUGUGCUCCUCCUAUUCAUCCCAUCCCUACCCCAUAAUCCCUUGGCAACCACUGAUUUUAUUGUGUCGAUAGUUUUGCCUUUUCCAGAACACCAUGUAGUUGGGAGUUGUACAGUUGGUAACCUUUUCACAUUAAUUUCUUUCACUUAGAAAAGGUUCCUCCAGGGGCACCUGGGUGUCUCAGUUGGUUGGGCGUCCGACUUUGGCUCAGGUCAUGAUCUCACAGUUCGUGAGUUUGAGCCCCGCAUUAGCUCUGUGCAGACAGCUCAGAGCCUGGAGCCCACUUUGGAUUCUGUGUCUCCCUCUCUCUCUGCCCCUUCCCCGCUUGCGCUCAGUCUCUCUCUCAAAAAUAAACAAACAUAAAAAAAAAAAAAAAAAAAGGUUCCUCCAGGUCUUUUCAGUGCCUAAUGAUAUUCCAUUAUGUGUAUGUACUGCAGUUCAUCCAUCCAACUACUGAAGGUCAUCUUGAUUGCUUCCAAAUUUUGACAAUUACGAAUAAAGCUGCUAUAAUCUGUGUGCA